UCAGUUUCACCUGUGUGUUAUUUGAAAAAUACCUGAAAAUCGGUGGGUCGGGUUCUGCACCAGAGCUGUUGAAAAAAUUCAAAACACACAAAGCUUUGUUCAAGCUCAUCUGUGGUGUUCCCUCUGCUCCCCCCUCUGUCCCUCCCUUCCCCUGCUGUCCCAGGAGAGGCUGAGGGCUCGCCAUGCCGCUGGUGAAGAGGAACAUCGAGCCCCGGCACCUGUGCCGGGGGGCCCUGCCCGACGGCGUGACCAGCGAGCUGGAAUGUGUCACCAACAGCACCCUGGCUGCCAUCAUCAAACAGCUGGGCAGCCUCAGCAGGCACGCAGAGGACAUCUUUGGAGAGCUGUUCAAUGAAGCCAACAGCUUCUACAUGAGGAUGAACUCACUGCAGGAGAGGGUGGACCUGCUGGUCAUCAAGGUGACACAGCUGGACUCCACCGUGGAGGAAGUUUCGCUGCAGGACAUCAACAUGAGGAAAGCCUUCAAGAGCUCCACGGUGCAGAACCAGCAGGUGGUGUCCCGCAACUCCAUCCCCAACCCGGUGAUGGAGAUGUACCAGCGCUGCGACAAACCCCCGCCCCUCAACAUCCUCACACCCUACAGGGAUGACAAGAAGGAUGGCCUCAAAUUCUACACCGACCCCUCCUACUUCUUCAACUUAUGGAAGGAGAAGAUGCUGCAGGCGACAGAGGACAAGAGGAAGGAGAAGCGCAGGCAGAAGGAGCAGCGGCUGGUGGAGGACUCCACCCGGGAGGUGAAGAAAGUGAGGAAAGCCCGCAACCGGCGCCUGGAGUGGAACAUGAUGGCGUAUGAUAAAGAGUUCCGGCCGGAUAACAGGUUCUCACCAUCCCCCUAUCACAUGGCAUCAUCGGAAGGAUCACUGUCCCCAGAUAAUAGGUCCUACGCGUCGGAUGCUGCCGACCACUCGUACCCGGCCAGCCCCAACCACCCAGCCCAGCUGCUGGCCCCCGCUGCCCACCUGGGCCCGGCGGAGCACAAGGAGGGGCUGGCGGCCCCCACGCCCCCCGAGCACGGGUUCAGGCCUGCGGGCAGCCGGCAGAACAGCCUGACCCGCCUGCAGCAGCCCCACGCGCCGCCGCCCCCCGAGGCCGUGCUCAACGGGCCCAGACCCCACCUAGUCAAGGAUUACGGGCCGCAGCCGGUGCCCAUGGCCGAAUACUUCGUGCCGCCGGCCCCGCCGCCACCGCCGCCCGUCAUCCCUUCGGCGCAGACCGCCUUCGACAGCCCCAUCUCGGCUCCCCCCGCGCUGGGCCCCGGCUCGGCCGCAGCCCCCAACUACGCCCCGUCGCCGCCCCCCGCGCCCCCCGGGCCCUACUCGGCCUCCCCGCCUCAGAGCGGGCCCAUGGCCCCCCCGGUGGCGCCGCCGCCGCCGCCGCCCGGGCCCCCGGCCGUGUCCGCCUCGCCCGCGCACUCCGCAUCGCCGCCGGCCCCCGCCGAGCCCCGCAAGCCGCAGGUGCCGCUGAUGCCCAUGAGCGACGCCCGGAGCGACCUGCUGGCUGCCAUCCGCAGGGGAAUCCAACUCCGGAAGGUGCAGGAGCAGUGGGAACAAGAGGCCAAGAAAGAGCCCGUGGGCAAUGACGUGGCCACCAUCCUGUCGCGCCGCAUCGCCGUGGAGUACAGCGAGUCCGACGACGACUCGGAGCUGGACGAGAACGAGUGGUCGGACUGAGGGCCCCGGCUGGGCGGGCUCGGGCUCCUGCUCCCCUCCAGAUGUGUAUGGGCACCUUCCCCAGGGGGCUCCUGCUCCCCUCCAGGUGUGUAUGGGCACCUUCCCCAGCGUCGCUGCCCCGGUCAGGAGCUUUGCUUUUACACUAUGUCCAAAACCCUUCGGGCAGCAGCAGCAGCAGCAGCACUGGUAGGAUACACCUCGGAGGCAGUGAGAGCAGAAAUUAGCAGCACUUUCACAGUUAAUGACUUCCAAAAUUCUCUGAAGGCAGGUUAAUAGGAUUACUCCACAUUUACACCUGGAGCAAGAGCAGAGACUGGCCCUGGGUGUGCUUUGUGAGAGGAGGGAGCCCCAGAGGCAGCAGUGCUUUUCCAGCUAAAUGUUAAUUGUGAUAACGAGAAGCUCCUGGAGAAGAAGCCUUGUUUGCACAGCUGGUGCCACCACGGGAGCUCAGGGGUGGCCUUGUGGGUUUGGGGACGCUGGUGCUGGUGGUUUUGGGGUCAGGCAGCUCCAAAGGCUGGGUGUGGGCAAGAGCCUCCUUCCCUACAGAGCAAUGCACCACAUUUAGUAGCAGUUACACCCUUGUGUUGUUGCUCCCUGGAAAAUCGUGGAAUGCUUUGGGUAGGAAGGCACCUUUAGAGCCCAUCUAGUCCAACCAGAACUGGGACACCCUCCACUAGACCAGCUUGCAUGAGCAGCCCAAGGUGUUGGUGACCUCAGCCUGUAUCCACCCUCAGAGCUGAUUUUCUAGGAGCAAAGGGGGAAGGCAAGGCUGGAGUGGCUGGCAGGGAGAGCCAGCCUUGUCUGUGCUUGUCCUGCCUUUUCCAGCAAAGGAGUAGAAGUGUCCAGGGAGCUCCCCCAAGCCCAGCUCUCCUUGGCCUUAGCAUGGCACCAUUUCAGUGUGAUUUGGGAAAAAGUGAAUCAGACAAUCUGCUGCUUUCAGGUAAACUCUCAGCUUGCACUUUGCAGCCCCACAAACUGUGCCUGUACAUCUGGGAUCAGCUCAGAGCCAGGCACUGAUUCCCCCUGCCUGAUCCUGCUCCUUCCCCUGUCCCAAGUUUGGACACUGAUGGAGGAGCUGGGUGACCAGCCCCUGUUUCAGCACUGAAAACACCUAUUUCAGCACUGAAAAUACCUGUUUUCCCAUCCAAACAGAGCCUGAUCCAUGGAAGAUUUUCACAGAGCUACAAAGGGAGGGGGCACAGAGGAAGGCAGAGCAAAGGGGUGGGAAAUACUGGAAAUAUCCCGGGCAGGUGUGAAAACCUGCAGAGAGCUGGGAGAGGUUCCCCACCUGUGGAAAACAGGCCAGCACCAGCUGUGGAUUGGCCAGUGUGGUGUCCCCAGACCCUCCUUGUGCUCCCCUCUACCACAAAUCCCUGAACAGGGAAAGCUGAGCUCUGUGCCCAGUUCCUGCCUCUCCCAGCAGCUCUGCAGGUGAUGGCUGCUUCAGCAGGAUUUUGGCUAUGUAGAAGCAGCCAGACCUGCAAAAGAGGUGGGAGGAUAUGGCUGAGACCCAAAUGCUGAUGGCUGAAUUCACAAAAUCCUAGAAUGGUUUGGGAUAAAAGGGACCUUAAAGACAUCUUCUCAUUCCAACCCCCUGCCAAGGGCACCUUCCACUAGAGCAGGUUGCA